GCCAAUAGGCUACUUGCAGUUCCUCCAAAUUCUGAUGAGCUUUUGUGGGUUCUUUGGGAAUUUUGUGCUAUUUCGAGGUCUGAUUCAGGUCGCCAAGCAUUACUAACUCUUGGAUUCUUCCCUGAGGCAGUAUCAGUUCUGUUGAGUUCUCUCUCUUCUUACAAUAACCUUUAUUCAAUCAUGACUAAAAAUGGAGGGUCUCCUUUGGGCCAUGCCAUCUUCCAUUCGGCUGCGGAAAUUCUUGAAGUUCUGGUUGCAGAUUCAACUGCUUCAUCACUUAAAUCAUGGAUUGGAUUUGCUAUCAAUCUCCACACGGCUUUGCAUUCAUCUUCUCCUGGAUCAAACAGGAAAGAUGCUCCAACAAGAUUACUGGAAUGGAUUGAUGCUGGUGUUGUGUACAAGAGAAAUGGUGCUGUUGGGCUUCUCUGUUACUCCGCUAUUUUAGCUGCUGGUGGAGAUGCUCAUCUUUCAUUAGGAAAUGUGCUUGUGUCAGAUUCAAUGGACGUUGAGAAUGUAAUUGCAGAUUCAAAUAAUACUGCAGAUGGUCAAGUCAUUGAUAAUAUUCUGGGUAAGCUUGUUGCAGAUAAAUACUUUGAUGGAGUUGCUUUGUGCAACACAUGUGUUGUUCAAUUAACAACAGCUCUCCGCAUUUUGGCAUUCAUUUCGGAAGAUAAGGUGUAGCUUCAUCCUUUUUUGAAGAAGGCGCAAUCAAUGUUUUAUAUGUAGUCCUGAUGAACUGCAAGUCUAUGCUUGAACGCUUGUCUAACAGUUAUGUUAAGUA